AUGUCCCAGAAUGGUUGCAGUCCUCCUCCACCGCCUCCCCCUCUGCCUAGUAGUCUGCAGUCACACGGAGGGGGUCCCACACAGAAAAGGAAACUGUAUCAAACCAUAGCCAGCAACAGGACCCCCGUGGAGGGCGACUUUACCGAGGCUCGCACUCUGCUCAGUCAACAAGAGCACAGUUUUAGGAAUGAUAUGAUGUGGGUUCUAGAAAACACGUAUGUACCUUCCCUCAUUCAAGAUGGUCCACAGUGUGGUUUGGUGGCCUUAUGGAUGGCAUCUCACCUCUGUCAGCCUCAACUGAAUAUUGAUAUGGAGACUGUGGUACAGACAGCACUGAACAGAGCAUACACUGCUCAAGGAGAAAUGUUUUCAGCUCAAAACAUGGCACUGUUGGCAGAAGAGAUAUGUUGUUGCAAGGCUCAGUUGCUGUCCGGUGGUUUACGAGAUGACAACGCUCUGUCCGUUAUAAAACACUUGUGGGAUCGCCAACCUGUUCUCAUACCCUAUGAUGAGGAUUUUAACCAUGCACCUUGUAAGCGAAGUGGCCACAAGGCACACUGGGCUGUUGCUUCAGGUGUUCUUCUUGGAUUGGACCACGGGAGCCUCACUAAGCAGCACGUUCAUUCUGACCCAACUCUGUCCUGGCUCCAUCUGUCUACUGGUGCAUCUCUUUGUCCUCUCAUCAGCUCCCAGCCAAGAGAGGACACUGGACCCAAAGAGGGAACAUGA